GCUUCUCCACACAGUGGUCGGCAGGUACUUGUGUGUGUGUGUGUGUGUGUGUGUGUGUGAGAGAGAGAGAGAGAGAGAGAGAGAGAGAGAGAGCGAGAGAGAGAGAUGGGCGGGGGAGUCGUUUCUGUGAGCGCGUGGACUGCACCAUCGCAUUCCUUACCCAGGAUACUGUCACCAGCCAUGCCUUUACCCAGUAAGGUGCACCUGUGCUAUGUGUUCUCUUUUAUACCGAUACAACAUUUCUGAUUUUUAACACGAUUUUCACGCUCGAUCAAGUCCUCGUUUGAAGGAUUUAAAGACAUCGAUGAUGGCUCUGGUGAUGGAACCUAUAAGCAAAUGGACACCCAAGCAAGUGCUGGAUUGGAUGAAAGGCCUGGAUGACUGUCUGCAGCAGUACAUUAAGAACUUUGAGCGGGAGAAGAUCAAUGGGGAGCAGCUGCUCCACAUCACUCACCAGGAGCUGGAGGAGCUGGGGGUCACCCGCAUCGGACACCAGGAGCUCAUCCUGGAGGCCGUGGACCUACUCUGUGCUCUGAACUAUGGACUGGAGACUGAGAACCUGCGUACCCUAUCCCACAAGCUUAAUGCUUCAGCAAAGAACCUACAAAACUUCAUCACAGGGAGGCGUCGAGGCGGCCAUUAUGACGGCAGGGCCUCCCGCAGGCUGCCCAACGACUUCCUUACCUCUGUGGUGGACCUUAUCGGAGCAGCCAAGAACCUGCUGGCCUGGCUGGACAGAUCUCCAUUUGUCAGUGUGACAGAGUACUCCUUACUAAAGAACAACAUUGUUCAACUGUGCUUGGAGUUAACCACCAUAGUACAACAGGACUGCACGGUGUAUGAGACAGAAAACAAGAUUCUUCAUGUGUGUAAAACACUGUCUGGGAUCUGUGACCACAUCAUCUCGCUGUCCUCUGAUUCGCUGGUGUCCCAGUCGGCCCAUCUGGAGGUUGUGCACCUGACCAACAUCAUGCCCAGCGAGGGCCUGGGAAUGUACAUCAAAUCUACAUAUGACGGCCUUCAUGUCAUCACUGGGACCACUGAGAACUCUCCAGCUGACCAGUGCAAGAAGAUCCAUGCAGGAGACGAGGUUAUUCAGGUCAACCACCAGACAGUGGUGGGCUGGCAGCUGAAGAACCUGGUGAACGCCCUCAGAGAAGACCCCAACGGAGUCAUCCUCACGCUGAAGAAGAGACCUCAGAACACUCUCACGUCUGCCCCUGCCCUGCUCAAGAAUGUACGGUGGAAACCCCUUGCACUCCAGCCCAUCCCCACCAGUCCCAACAGUGACUCCAACACCCCGCCCAACAGCAUGGGAACCAUGGGGAUGUCCUCUACGCUGGACAGUGGCCACGACGUCUUCAUCUUGUCCCCAGUCUCUGGCCUUUAUGGACACAGAGACGAGAUAGGUAUCAUGUCCUGUGAUGACAUCAACAAAUACAGUCUGGAGAAGAUGGGUAUGAAAGGCUCGGAGUCUCCCAGCUUCUACCUGGACCAUGAUGGGGGCAAGUACUUCACAUUGGUGGAGGAGGACUGUCUGGCCCUGGGGCAGGAGUACGAGACCAGGGGCCGCUCCACGGGGGUCAGGCGGAGGGACAGGACACCCACCCAUGGUGACCUCAGGCCAGUUUCCAUGCCAACGGAUUACAACUGGAUGGCAGAGACAAAGGAGCCAAAUAUGUACAAGAGAGGUAGCAGAGACUCAGACAACUCCCUGCUACGUUACCUGAAUGACGAUAAGAUCCUAGUAAUCCAGGAGGAGCCGGACGUGUCCAGGGAAUGCAAGCGGGACACUGGGCGGCGUACCCGCAAGAAGAGCCACAACCCCAGCAGCCCCAGCUAUCCCAUCAGCCCAUCCUUGCUGGCCCCGCCUGUCAGACUGGACUCAGGACCGCCAGAAGGCCUGCCCUUCUCACUGCCUGAGAGCAACACUGUGCCAAUGUACCACAGAGCUGGAGACACACUGAGAGCUGACACUGACAGGUAUGCUAGUUUUGGCAUCGAGAGACAAGGAGGCUCAUCCAUGAGGAAGUCAUUUCACUAUGCGUCUUUAAGGACUAAGACCAAAAAGAGAACCAAAGGUUCUCUGACUAGUGCUAGCCGCAGGCGUAUCUCCUGUAAAGACCUGGGCCAUGGGGACUGUGAGGGCUGGCUGUGGAAGAAGAAGGAUGCCAAGGGCUACUUCACCCAGAAGUGGAAGAAGUACUGGUUCAUCCUCAAGGACUCCUCGCUCUACUGGUACACCAACCAGAAUGACGAGAAGGCUGAAGGUUUCAUCAGCCUACCUGAAUUCCGAAUAGAUCGAGCGAUUGAAUGCAGAAGGAAACAUGCCUUCAAAGCCUGCCAUCCCAAGAUCAAGAGUUUCUUCUUUGCCACAGACUGUUUGGAGGAGAUGAACAGAUGGAUGAACCGGCUGGGGCUGGCAGCGAUUGGCUACACACCCGACGAUAAAGUUUCUCGCCCUGAUGAAGAUUACUGGAGUGAGAGUGACCAGGAUGAGAUUGAUGGUUCUAUGACCCUGAAACAAGAGGGCAUGUCAUCACGCUGUGAUACCUACCACCGCACCCCAUCUGUGAACUCCUCCAGUCCGUUCCCUGAGCGCCACUUCUCCAGUGAGUCCACGUACUCCCACUCCUCUGCUGAGGAUUCCCGUCCGGACGUCCCCGGGAGCACCCACUCCUCCAGCUGCCGCCCCACCCUCCGUGACACCCAACGCCGCUCCUGGCAGGACCUGAUUGAGACGCCUCUCACCAGCUCGGGCCUCCACUUCCUGCAGACGGUGCCGGGGGAGGGUGACAGGGGCGACGGUGGCUACGGCAGUGGCCACAUGGGAAUGGGUCAGCUGCUCAUGUCCCCCGAGCGCCGGCGUCAGGCCACGCUGCCCGCCCAGAGGCGCCGGCAACCUGACAGAGAUGGGCCCUUCCCAUUGGUGGACAUAGAGGAGCGUGAGCAGCGCCUCCACCACUGUACACAUAAGCAACGCAGCCAGAGCCUGCCCCGGAACAGGGACGUGCAGGGCACCAAGGGCAGCCUGCGCCCAGCAGGACCCUCAGAGGAGAGGAGUGAUGACGAUGAGGUGCCAUUCAGAAAGCACAACUCCAAAAAAAAACAAGAUUCUCGGUCUAAAGAGCGAGGCCAUGAUCAUGAGGGAGUGGAUGGCUUUCAUGAGCUGUAUCGCUCCAUAGAGCAGGCCAGCCUGUCUGCCCUGGGGGAGCAGAGGCCCUCGACCAAACAGGAGUUCAGACGCUCCUUCGUCAAGCGCUGCAAUGACCCUGUCAUCAAUGACAAGCUGCACCGCAUUCGUGCCCUGCGCAGCACGCUCAAGGCCAAAGAGGGUGAUCUGGCCAUUAUCAGCCAAGUGCUGGACGACCCCGGUCUAAACUCCCAGAAGUUCCAGGAGUGGAAGCAGCAACACCAUGAGCUUUUUGUGGACAUCUGUGAGUUCAGCUCUGCCCCGACAGAGUCUCACCCUGAGGGGUCCGACCUCUCACCCCUGUCUCCACCUCUGAUGAUGCACACCCACUCCUUCAUCGAAACUCACGUUUGAGUGCUCAGAUACAGAGUAACAGGAAGACACUGUGGAAUCAUGCAAUCAUCUCUUUCCCCCCCAAUCGUCGAUGCAGCCAGGGUCUACCGUCACCAUUCACAGCAAAUGAACUGACAAACCAAUCACUGUAAUAUGUGUACAUACUGCACUGAGAUCAAACAGAAGAGAGUUACGGUCGGUGUAUAUACUGUAUAUUGGAUAAAAUAAGGCUCCCACGGGGUGCCAUUCUGCAUGUGUGGAGAAACUAUCCUUCUUCAUUAUUAUCUUCAAAACAGAAAAUGCAACAGAUGAUAGAUUGCAAGAGAACUUAACAACAAAAAGAAGACAAGAACUGUUUUUGGCUGAUGCAGUGCAUUUUUUUCUUCGAUUCUCAUUUUUGUUAUUUAUUUCCUUGCUUAAGAGGAAGCAAGCUUUGAUUUUAUUUCAUUUCUUAUUUCCCCUUCAAUGCUGCUUGAAGAGAGAGCUAUGUAGCGACGGGCUAUAGGCAUCAUUCUGAUUACAACAAUGCACCCCCCUACUGGGCCAACAUGUUACUGUGUGACCCUGAGCCCCCAGAAAGAAAGCCUCAAUCUUUGUAAAAGGGUGCGCACUGUAUGUUUGUAUAAGUGUGGAGAGGACAGGGGUGUGUGAGGAAGGGAGAGUGAGAGAAAGAGAUGGAGGUAUUUGGGCUUUUAGUGUAUGAAGCUCAGUAGGGUUUUAUUACGCAUUUUUUGUUGUAUGUACGGAUGUUGCAUGUUUAACAUGUAUGUAUAAUUAUGUACAUUUUGUUUGACAUUUAAACAAAGUAGUUUAGCCAAACACAGCUCACCGGAAUGACACUUUACAUUUAUUGAUAUGUCUCUUUGUAGCUAUUUUGAUUUUGCCAAUCAUUAUAGCAUUUGUUGGUGAGAUUUAUUUUUGAAAUCAAACAUCUGCAUGGUAGUAAACAUGUACAUGUGGCCAUUGAGGUUGAGAAAUGUGUUAAAUAAAAAUAUGAUAUUGUUUGCAUAGCAGCACCCUCUAUUUAAAACUGUGAACUAUAUACUUGUGAAUGCAAUCUUUAGAUUCUGUGACGACAGAAUCUUUUUACUUAUAUUUUUCUUAGAAAAAGUAUAUAAAAGACAAAAAGCAUUGCGUCUCCUGAAUGACUGUUUUUGCUUCAUUCCACCUGUCACAGAUGUUACCUCCUGAUCUUCAGGGUUGAUUCAGGUCUUGAGUUUUGCUCAUGUAUUCUGUUCCCUUUCUGUGUCUCUGUUGAUUUUAUGUGAAUGUACUGGCUUAUUUUCAAAAGGAUCCCAGAAAUUGUGUCGAAUUGUAUUUGCUUAAGUUGUUUAUUUCUACAGGUUAAGAAGUAGUACUUCAAUGUGUUUGCAUUCCUUCUGCCUAAAAUACAUGAUCAACAACUCAUAACACAUUUUUCAUUUUUUAAGUUUGACAUACUUGGUUGAUUCUUUUUAGGCCUUUUUUCUGGACUUUCUUUUACCUGUGAUGGAAUAUGUCAUUUCUAUCAAAUUUCAAUUAUAUUGUUUUUCUUUGUGCUGCUUAAUACAUGUUCCCUUAUUCCUGGCAGGAUAUUGACAUUUCUUCAAUUCACUUCCAGUUAUCAUCCAGUGUUGUGUCCUGAUACUUAAAAUGCCUUUAGGUGUCAGUACAUUUGUUAUACAGUAUAAUCUACUUCAAAUUAUACAGUAUGAUUACACAGGCCCUGCAUUGUUUGGCUACAUGUCAUAUUAGACAUUUAGGCUACUAACAUUUAUAAAACGUGUCAGCAGUUACUCUCAAGUUGUUGCUUGCAACUUUCAAAUUUUAUGAAUAGCAGUACAUGUAUUGUAGAAUGUAUUUCAUUUAACCAGAAUGUAAUUGUUCUCACAAUGUUUUAAAACAUUGUACAUUAAAUCUGCCCAAUCUGUCCAGGGUUCCACUGUGUUAUUUUGGAGGUGUGCACCUCAUAGUACAACUGCGCAGGUGUGUAGCUAAGAUGUAAGUUGCACUGCGACAUUAAAAAAAGGAACAUAUUGCUCUUUUUUGGAAGUAUAUUAUUAUCUGUUUAUCUGUACAUUAACUGAUUUAAAAAAGUGUUAUCAAGAAAGAGAAAUACAUUUAUUCUUCCUAUGAAUCAAAAGUAGCCUUCUUGUUUCUCAGAAAUAUAUACAGUACGAGGUUGUAAAACUGAAGUUGUAAAACCAAUAAACUGAAUUACUG